CGCCCCCUCAGCUUUGUCCACCUCUCCCUGUCUGUCUUUCUCCUCCUUCACUCUCCUCUCUGAGCUGGAGUGCAUGGCGCCUGAACUCAGUUGAACGUUCUUUGCACUGGGUGGCUUUAUUCAGUUGCACUUUAUUGGAUUGUUUCUGUCAGGACUGUUUGCUACAUAGAGGAAUUAUUUAGAGAGAGAUGCAUGGUAAGCAAAGCUAGCUCAGUGACUGCACGAUCUGGGAAGAGUGAAGUUGGAGGGUGAGCUGCUGAGAAGAACAGGUGGAGCGCUGGCAUCAGCAACUUUAACAGUUCAGCAUAUUUACUUCCAAAAGGCCCGGGAGAGUGCCCAGACGCUCUAAUGCAUCUAUCACUGGAUACCAUGAGCAUGGUGGACGACAGCUGCCUCUCACCCAGCAACUUCCACGAAAUGGGGAAAGGUGGGGGCAUCGUUGGCGGGGGCCGCGUCCACAGCAUAGAUGUCAUUCUAGGUUUCAGUAAAGACCAGGACCCCCUGCUCAGCCCUGCAGGGGCCCCGCAGCCCCAUAAAGUGGACAUAGAAGGUCUGGCAGAACCUGGGAAGCAGCAGGAGCCCUCGUCACACCCGACAUACAGUGGGCACCUUUCCUCUCUGAGGAACAGCAGCACCGAGCAGCAGCAGCAGUACCAUGAUACUGGCUUAUACACAAACAAGUGUGAUGAGGAACUGGACGAACUGAGGAAGAGCAUAGAGAGUGAUGAAGGCAAUUCUCCAGAGCCUUGCAAGGAUGAUCAGCCCAAGAAGAAGCACAGGCGGAACCGCACCACCUUCACCACCUACCAGCUGCAUGAGCUGGAGCGUGCCUUCGAGAAGUCCCACUACCCAGACGUGUACAGCCGUGAGGAGCUCGCCAUGAAGGUGAACCUCCCCGAGGUCCGAGUUCAGGUCUGGUUCCAGAACCGCAGAGCCAAAUGGCGUCGGCAGGAAAAACUGGAUGCCAGCACCAUGAAGCUUCACGACUCACCCAUGCUGUCCUUCAACCGCCCAGCACCGGUUCACACCAGCAUGGGUCCAAUGACCAACUCCCUCCCCUUGGACCCCUGGCUGUCCUCUCCCCUGUCCAGCGCUACACCUGUCCACAGUAUCCCAGGCUUCAUGGGUCCAGCUCAAGGCCUCCAGCCCAGCUACCCCAGCCAUGGCUUCCUCAACUCCGCUCCUCACUCUCAUCCUCACUCUCAUCCUCAUCCUCACUCUCAUCCUCACUCUCAUCCAUCUAUGGGCCAGGGGAUGCAGAGUAUGGCUCCUCCUCCCUACCAGUGUUCGGCGCCAUACCCUGAUAAAUACCCUCUGGAGGAUGUGGAGCAUCGCAGCUCUAGUAUCGCUGCACUGAGAAUGAAAGCCAAGGAACACAUCCAGUCUAUGGACAAGACUUGGCAACCCAUGUGACUAACAAACCUGGCAGUCCGUGUGAAUGACAUUGGCAAAGGUAGCUGUUGAAGUUGUUCCUUAGGGUUCAGGGUAACAGACAUUGAGUAAAAUGUUGGAAAAUAUGGCAGUGAUGUGUCUAUUACCCAUAGAGCGAAGGAAAUGGAUUUUGAACUGUGAAAACUGAGGAUUCUAGGACUUUCUUUGGACUUCAUUUUUAAAAUUUUUCCUCAUCUCAAGGACCUGAAGCAGACAAGUGAACUCCACAGUUUUGUUAAAUUGUUGAUGUUAAACCAUCAAUUACCAGACUUAAGUUCUCUACAUGUUUAGCGUUGCCCUGGGUCCUGUAAAAGCAAAUGUCGUUGAUCGCAACUUGCACCCCAGGAGCAAGGAAUUUUCUUUCCUUAUAAACCACUUUUCAUAACAAACCAUUGUUUCUUUACAGGCACGUUUUACAGGCAAAAUAGUUUUUAAUACCUACAGAUGUUUAUAUGUCCCUUAUGACAGCUAAUUUCUGUCAACCAUCAAAAAAAGUCAGACAAAACAAGUUUGUGUUUUUACUAAUUAAUCCAAUUGUCACAUUUUUAUGGGUCAGCUAAUCAGUGUCUCAGUGCAUGAUCUGUUGAUUUAUAAAAGCUGUGUAACUGGUUUUAAGCUGAUCUCCCAAUUAUAACAUGGUUUAUGUUGCAAGUGACAGUGGAGGAACAGUGAGGCCUACUGUUGUGAUUUUAAAUAUACGGAGAGAUCAUUGUUUGUUGGCAAAGUGUACUAGAGUCAGAGAUGUGAUGGCAAUUUCUGAGUGGACCAGGGCUGAGAAUAUACCAAAAAUUAUUCUGCACAAUUAUAAUCUUUUUCUGAUUUUGCUGAGAUGCUUUAAAGAAGCAAGGAAGCAAGGAAGUAUAAAUGAAAAACAGGCUAUUGAGUAACCCGCUUUUUGCUUGAAUGGCUGUUGGAGGAGAAAACCUGUUGGCAGCUCAGUGUUGGGUGGUUGCGUGUACGUGCAGUGCAGCAGAAAGAGCCCUGUGUGAUGCGUCACCCCACAUAGUUUAGUCUUUGUUCGGCACAAUUGA